AUGUCUACUCAGAUUGUCUUGGAAGGAAACAAGUGUGUUGGUCUGAAGUCUGCCCGCAAGCGUGCGGUUGCAGAAGUGGAAGUCUUAGCACCGUAUUGCCAGCCUAAAUCAUUAAAAAGCAGAGUUGAUCUUCAGUGGAAGUUAAGUGCCAACAACAGAGAGCCUUCCACAAAAGAAAAAAGGCAAAAGGAUUGCAUCAGACACAGCUCUCAUGAUGAAGAAUCGAUUGGGCAACCCAAAGUUAUCUUGACGAAUGUCCUGAGGACGAAAAUAGGAAGAAAAUACGCACAGGCGCAACCUAAAACUGGUGCUAAUUUUUCUGAUGCUGGCAAGCUGCAGUCAGAUCAACCACCUUCAUCAUCUGCUGCCAGCCUAAAGAUAUGCCAAAUUUUAAACCCUACUCUCCAAAGCCUUUUUCUGCCUAAAAGGCAACCCAAAGUUGUCUUGACGAAUGUCCUGAGGACAAAAAUUGGAAGAAAAUACGUAGACAACUACGUAACAACUGAUGCAAAUUUAUCUGACGCUGACAAAUUACAAUCGGGCCAACUACCUUCAUCAUCAGUUGCCAGCCUACAGACAUGUCAAAUAUUAAGUUCUCCUCAUGAAAGUUCUUCUGUGUCUGAAAG